GCUAUAGAAACUGAGUUUGUUGAAAAAUACAGUCGAAUUUCGCAGUUCCCAAUAGAUAAUUGGAUGUCUGGAGAUGAGAUUGAAACGAACAUGAGUAGCUCUAUGUCUGUAAAUUCAAGUGUAGGAGAUGUUUCAGCCCACUUACAGAAUUUUGCUGGGUCAGUGAGAGCAAAAGGAAGUAUGGACCAGUUUCGGGGUGUAGAAAGAGAUCGUUUUGAUGGGUUUUACGCGAGCUCCAGGGUCGGGGUUCAGCGUGGAAGAAUCCCAACUUCUGCUUAUCUUGACGAGAGGCCAUCAAACUAUAAGGUAGAUUCUUUUGAUGGUAUGAGUGAAGUUGCAAAUUUGGAACAGGAUCGAGCGGAGCUUCUAAGGAAGUUGGAUGAGCUGAAGCAGAAACUGAGCGGAUCUUAUGAUGUGGUAGAUAAACCAUGGGAACCGGUUCCUAGGGAGAGGAGUAGGACCCCGCCUGAUCCUUAUGGUGACCGGUUAACUUAUAAUCUUUCCAUGCAGCCUUACGCUGUGGACGAGCAGAUGACAAGGCCCCCUUACUUAAACUAUAGCCAUGGACAUGUUCCUUUUAUGGGUUAUCAUAACAUGGAUACGCCAAACUUCUAUCCUCCUCAAAGGCAUCCCUUGAAUGCAAUUCCUGAAUAUGAGGGUCCAUCUCAGCAACAAAUGAAAUGGAGGCCUCCUCCUCAUCUACACCAGUACCCAAGACCACAAUCUCAUGAGUACUUUAUGGGGCAGCGCAUGGAAUUCAGUUCAAAUCCACAUGAUAACACUUCUCACUCGCCUGCUUGCUCUUGUUUAGGAUGCUACAACCAGAAUCCGGUAGCUUCACCCCAAGUCUCGCUUGAUGAUUUUGGGAAUCAAAGGGUUCCAAAAGCUCCAGUUAGUUUGAAUACCUACCAACAAGUCAAGCCACAUGAUUAUAAUCCCCGACAUGCUAGUCCUCCUCCAUUGCACACAAGAUGGCAAAGCGACUUUGAUUCAGAACCAAGAAGCACGAUGGCAGUUAAUAGGCGUGGACAAAUCUUCCAUCCUGUAGCAGGAGGUGCCCCAUUCAUCACUUGCUUUAGUUGCUUUGAAGUACUGAAGCUUCCUAGAAAACUUAAGAAUACCAAUAAUAAUCAGUCAAAACUGCGGUGUGGUUCCUGUUCAACUGUUAUCUCACUUGAAAUCAAGAGUAAAAAGCUCAUUACUUCUGCUCCUAAAGAUUCCAAGCAACAAUCUUUUGAGGUUGAUCAAAGUUCUAACGAGGCAUUAAAAGACAGCAUUUCAAGUCCUCAUGGUAGUCUGAAUGCAGGUGACACCAGAUCCUGCUGUGAUGAUUUAGAUCAUUCUGAUCAUUACUUGCCAUCCAUAGAAACCAAAGACAAUUUACUGACAGAAGCAUUAAAAGGCAGCAUUUCAAGUCUUCAUGGUAGUCCGAAUGCAGGUGACAUCGAAUCCCGCUGUGAUGAUUUAGAUCAUUCUGAUCAUAACUUGCCAUCCAUAGAAACCAAAGACAAUUUACUGACAGAAGAUCAGACGCUGAACGUGGAGGAAUCUGAUAAGAGGCAAGGUCUUACUUCAACAUCUUCCAUCUCUUCCAAGAAGGAGGAGGAGGAGGAGGAGGAGGAGAUGGAGAUAUCAGAAUGUGUAAUCGCAAAUAGAGAUGUUCCUGACUCUGCUGAGUUGCCAAAAAAAGACUCAUUUUCUCCAAAGCGUCCAGGUUUGCCUCUUUGGGAGCAGUCUGAUAGUCCUAAACGUACAGUAAGCGGAGAUGAGAAGGGAAAUGAUUGUGACUGCAAGAACCAAGACAAGGCACUCUUUAGAAAGAUCACUUCUCCACAGAAUUCUGUGAAAGAUAGUUCGGUGGAAACUGACAUAGAUGUUUCUUACAAUGAAUAUCUCAAUACCAACAUUUCUCAGGACUCCGCAGAGGGAAGAAAAGAACAAGAUCACCCCAAAAUUGGCAAGGGUGCUGAUUCCUUCUUGGUGGGUCUCAUCAAAAAGAGCUUUAAAGAUUUCUCAAAAUCUAAUCAAGCUGUGGAGAAAACAAGGCCUACUGUUUUUAUUAAUGGGCAACCUAUACCGGAUCAUGUCGUUAAGAAAGCUGAAAAGCUCGCUGGCCCGAUUCAACCUGGAGAUUAUUGGUAUGACUUCAGAGCUGGAUUCUGGGGUGUGAUGGGCCAAACUUGCCUUGGCAUAAUUCCUCCUUUUAUUGAAGAAUUCUAUUACCCCAUUCCAACAAGUUGUGCUGCUGGCAAUACCCGUGUCUACGUAAAUGGGAGAGAGCUACAUCAGAGAGAUUUGGACCUACUUGCAAGCAGAGGACUACCAACUACAAGAGAUAAAUUUUAUAUCGUCGAAAUGUCUGGGAGAGUUGUGGAUGAGGACUCAGGGAAAGAGUUAAAAAGCCUUGGCAAACUUGCCCCCUCAGUUGAGAAGGCAAAGCGGGGAUUCGGCAUGAAAGUCCCCAGAAUGGUUGUGUGAAUAUUCACUUUUUUGGCUUCGAUUUCCUGAUUUAAAUUUCGUGUGUUGUUGAUACUUUAAAGAUGAUAGUGACAGGUCAAUCACCAAUUGCAUUAUUGGCGUGUUCUUAGAUCCUAGGUGUUUGUUAGUUCAUACGUUUGUAUCUCUGCGAGUGUAGGUGACUUGUUCAAUUAUGUUGUAGGCAUUUUGAAAUUGAUGCAGCAAUUGUCCCUUUUUUUUUUUAUCUUGUUGUAUUUGUACAAUACAAUUCUUCUGUACUAGCGACGUGCUUGUCCGUACAUUCGGAUUUCGCGUUAUCGA